AUGAGUACAGUAAAGUCAUCUUCACCACCCCAACCAAUGUUUAGUCAACGAUACGAUCCAGAUGAGGAAAACGAGCCUCAAAAUAAAUUGAAUAACUCUAAAGAUUCACAUACUAGAAAGAGAAAACUAAGUCAUGAUGAAAGUUCAAGUGAUGAAUCUUCAGAAGAAAGUUCAUCAGAUGAGGGAAGUGAUGAAGAGGAAAACAAACAAGAUGAAGACAAUAUGGAUAUUGAUGACUCUUCAACAUUAAAUAACUCCAAAGAGCAAGACCCUGAUUAUAUCAGGAGACAUAAAUCUAUAUUUAACAAGUUUAAACAGUCAACAACUGGCACUACCGAGGAAGAUCCAGAAGAGACUAAAGAACAAAAGGAAGAAACCAUAGAAACGCAAGAUCUUGCACCAUUACCACAACCUGAAUUGCCUAGAGAUAGAAAACUUUCUUCAAUGUCAACCCAUAUGAAGAAUUUAGAUUGGUUAACAGAACCUCAAUACAUUUCUCCUAGUGAUACUAAACCAUUCAAUGAAUUUCAAUUGUCACCAUUCAUGAUUAACAAUUUAGAAAACAUGGGGUUUUCAUCUGCAUUUGCUGUUCAAGUUAGUGUUUUAGACAUGAUGAUUCCUGAAAUCAAAGCUCAUAAGUUAAUGCCAGAUCCAUUUGGUGAUAUCCUUGUAAAUGCUUCAACAGGUUCCGGUAAAACUUUAGCAUAUCUGAUUCCAAUUAUCGAGAGUCUACAUAAACGAGUAGUCCCAAGAGUUAGAGCAAUUAUAUUAGUUCCUACUAAGCCAUUAAUCAAUCAAGUCAAAGCAACAUUUUUACAAUUAUCCAGUGGUACUAAUUUGCAGGUAAUGGCGUUAAAGAAUGAUAUAUCUAUUAAUGAUGAAAAACAACUAUUGAAAAAUUCGAUUCCUGAUAUUAUUGUUAGUACUCCUGGGCGACUUGUGGAACAUUUGAUUGGUGAUUCCAUUUCAUUAUCGAGUUUGCAAUAUUUGGUCAUUGAUGAAGCUGAUAGAUUGUUGAAUCAAAGUUUCCAAAAUUGGUCUCAGAUAUUGUUGGAUCGUAUGAACUCUGCAAUCAAUAUUAGUGAAGAAUGGAGAUUACCAGUACAAAAAAUGGUCUUUUCCGCUACUUUAACUACUGAUGCUGGUAAACUUUCCAGCUUAAAAUUUUUCAAACCUAGAUUGAUUAUUGUCAAUGACUCGAAACAAUUGGUUAAUGAAAUAUUUACUGUUCCUAACACAUUAUCUGAAUAUAAGAUCCAUUUGGGUGUAGCCAAGAAUUCAUUGAAACCUUUAAUCUUGGCUCGUUUCUUAAUUUCCAAGGGUAAAUUGUCAAAUGUUCUUAUUUUCACCAAAUCGAACGAGUCAUCGAUUAGACUUGCUGAAUUAUUGACUAUAUUGUUUAAGAAGUUAUCUAUUGAUAUUAAUGUCUCCUUCAUAAAUUCAACAAACAACAGAACUGCUGUUCGUACCAAGAUUUUGAAACAAUUUAGUUCACAAGGUAUCAAUAUCUUGAUUGCAACAGAUUUAAUUGCAAGAGGUAUUGAUUUGACAUCUAUUACAGAUGUGAUCAAUUACGAUUUGCCAAACUCGUCUAGAGAAUACGUUCACAGAGUGGGUAGAACAGCAAGAGCUAAUCAAGUUGGGUACGCGUACAGUUUCUGUUUUGGUAAAGGUGAAAAUAGUUGGUUUACUACAUUAAUCAAAGAUGUCAGUAGAAAAGGAGAGGUUGAAAAUAUUGACUUGCCUGUUAAUGACUUGAUUUCUGAUUCUGAUGAAGAAGCAUACCAAUGGUCAUUACAACAAUUACAACAACAAGUUAAAGGAUAG